CGGUCGUCCAAAUCGUUCUCAUCUUCCCCAACAACCCACUCCAUUGUAUUGUACAAGGACUUGUAAGUUCAAUCUCAUCCCAUGUACCCACUCCAUCGCUUGACAUGAUGAAGACGCUUUCCUUGGGAUACUUUUCCGUGAACCAUAAGGUUUGCCAUCAUACUAAGAACAGCCAUCUGAUCAUCCUUCCGUUUCUUGUCUCACUUUGACCUUUUGAUGAUAAUCUGAAUAGGAAUGCUAACUCUUCCAAACGGAAAAAUAUAGUGGGGUAAUAAUGCUAGGGCAAGGGCGAACCUCUUAUCCGCAGCGACAACUAGUGCGUUACUCUCCUUAAUCGUCGCAACAAUUCGUUUCCGAAAGCAACUACCUAUGCUUGUGUCAUAUCACCAUCUCCGAUCCGUCCACCCUACCCACCCCAUUAACCAUUCACCCAUCGCUCCAUCUUCAGCUACCUCAACCCCCAAACAUGCCGCCCCAAACCUUUCCAUCAAUAUCAUCUCCCCUCCAAUCCCUCUACCCAGCUCUCAUCCGCCCAAUAAUCGCCCCAGACUUCUGCCAUCCUCUCCUCGCUGACGCAACCACCUACCUUGACCCUUUAAUUGAUGACACAACGAUGUUCACCGCGCCGCAACGCAUCCGCGAGAUUGGCGUUGGGGUCGAUGCUAUUGUGCGCUCGCUACGACGCACUAAUGCAGGCGGGGAAGUGAGCUGUGACGAUCCAGCCACGAUCAGGGAGGGCAAGAAGUUGCUCGAGCAAGUACGACGGGGCAGAUUAAGGAGUCGGUUAGAUAAUGUUGGGCUCUCCUAUUUCCUGCGCGGUCGAGUGUUGCGAGAAGGAGUCUGAUGGAUUUCUUACAGCAAAGUUUUAGUGCACCGACGGCUACAGAGGAGGUUCUUGCUCGAGUACAGGAGAGGAGGAAAGCUUUUGAUGCGGAGAUGAAGAGGGAGGAGGAAGAGGCCUUAAAAGCUUUCAAGGAGGGGCUCAGGAGGACUGUUGAGAAUCGGUGAAGACAGCGGAGGCAGGUUUUAUUGAACUAACAGGCGAAUUUACUAAUACCCCUAUUUUCUAGAAUAACACUGAUUUUAUAAGCCCGUCUCAAGCUCCUCCGUAACAUGAUACUCCAUGAUAGCAUCCAGCAGCCAUUUCAGAAGUUAGCUUACUACCAGCAGUAUCCCGGCGGCUCAAGACUGCCUAAUUCUUCUCAUUUCCGCAUACAACCCUUCUCGCCCAGUCAACAUCAUCCCAAUCCGCACCUCUUAUAUCUUCAAUCUUCAACGCCCAUUCUCCAGCACUAUUCCGUUUAUCCAUGUGUCCAAUUACCCUUACCAUAGCAGCUCCCGUCAACACCUCUAAGUCGGUAUCCCAUGGCCUACCCGCCUUCGGGACCACAUAUUCGCCGGGCAGGAACGGAGGUCCAACCAACAAGAUAUCGCAAAACUGGAACCUCUGACGUGUACCACCACCCAUCGCUCUGUUUUGUAGGACCUUGGCUUUUCUUUUGUAAGCAACGCUACGGACCGCACCCUAGAACUGACACCCAAAACCCAAUACUUGAAGUAUAACUCACCAAAAAGCUCCACAUGAACAUCUCCUCCAAAUUUCCCCCUGGCUACCAACGUUGCAACCUCCACUGCAUCCCUAAUAUGAAAACACGUCUUCACCGUCGUAUCAGCACUCAAGCCAUGUAUCGGUGAUCUUUCCUUAACAACAGCAGGAAAUGGCGGACGCUCAAUUGGCUCCUUAUUUCCGCCCCUAUCCGGAUAAAGUGGCCACGCUGGGGUACUCUUUCUAACCUUGCUAGCCGAGCCUGAUACAUCUAUCCAGCGAAUUUUUCCGUUCUUCACGACAUCUACAGCCCGACAACGCACGAUGAUGGCACCAUCAUUGUUAUUCUUCCCCGGCUCGGGAUGCCUGCAUUUGGUGCUACUGGCCAUAUGCUCUGAAGUUGGUGGAAUCCUCCCGCCUGAGAAGAACCCUUCCUUUGCAAAGGAGGAUGAUGGCUGUUCUACAGUAGGAUCAUACGAGCUCUGAGGAUGCUCGCAUGUUGAGGUUACAUCGUUGCUUGUGGCUCCAAUAUCUAUCUCCAAAGGAUCGGGGGCCUUCCCAAACGUGCUAAGGGUAUCAUCACCAUAGUCACAGGGUUCAUCAUCAAAGUGCUUGAGGGCGUAUUCUGAGGACUGUCCUAAGAUACCCUCCAUGUUAUCCAGAAGGGCUAUUCUUCCAUUCGAGCCCCUAGGGCAAGGCCCUGGCCUGGAUCCUGGGGUUGCCGCCGAACCAAAGAGAUCUGGAACCCCAGCUCCACCCACGUAGUCACUACCUCGUCCCAGACCCAACAUGUUAUUAUUCUGUUUGUCUUGCUCGUGAGACCAGGCUUCGUCAUAGUCGAACAUCAUUGUAGCACCAUAAUCUGUCUGUGGGUUCUCAUGCCCGCAGGGAUCUUGACCCCCGUCUCCGCCGUCUGGAAGUCUCUCGCCACCCAGACAGGUCAUAUCAUUACCCCCUGAUCCGCACAUCGUCAGAUCGUCUAUGCCCUCGGGAACUUUGACAAUACCCCGAACAAACGGCUUCGAUUUCCAGACAUCUUGAAGGUGGGACUCUUCUGCGGAAUGCAUACGUGAUCCCCCAAAUCGAAACCCGCGUCGUCCAUUUUUGCACUCGGAGUCAAUAUCGUUCCUGCCCGAGCCCCUUCGAGUGGCUCUAGCUGCUAAACCAGAGGAUGCCCGUUGUGUCUGGCAUGAGUGACCUACUGAAAUGUUAAUAAGUGGGAGGAUAUGUUUGCGGGAGGUUCCUGGCGGCUACCU